CACUGUCUGUUCCCGUGCAGUGCUGUACAGUUGCUUUGUGUGUGCCCCAGUGUUCACAUACUGUGGUCUCCCUGUGUGCAAGAUUGUAUCCUGCGAUACUGCAGAGAAGCCUACAGGCCAAUCCGUUGACUGACCAGGUGUCCACUACUCAGGUUCAAUUAUGCCACCGAAAGGAAGUCGUAAGCCGAAGGACCCCAACAAGCCCAAGGGGCGUAUGAGCGGUUAUGCUUUCUUUGUCCAAGCAAAGAGCGAAGAAGCCAAGGCUGAGGGCAACACGCUGCCCCUGAGAGAAUUUUCCAAGAAAUGCUCUGAGGAAUGGAAGAGUCUUGAUGACGCUACCAGGCAGAAGUAUGAGGCAUUGGCCGCCGAGGAUAAAAUCCGGUACGAGAGAGAGAUGGUCGGUUACGUCCCCCCUCCUCCUUCGGACAAUGACUACGACGAGCCACAGAAGAAGAAGAAGAGAAAGAAGGACCCCGACGCACCCAAGAGAGGAAUGUCGGCUUUCCUUUUCUUUUGCAACUCAAGGCGACCCGAGUUGAAGUUGAAGUUUCCGGAUUUCGCCAUGGGCGAAAUGUCCAGGAAACUUGGAGACGAAUGGAAGACCAUGGACGACACGGCCAAGGCACCUUUUGAGAAGCAGUCUAUCGCGGAUCGUCAACGGUACGAGAAGCAAAUGGCGGAAUACAAAGCGGAUUCAGAGCAAUGCCACUAGUAUGUAUGCGCCUGACUGAGGGACUCACGAAACCACAUUGCAUGAUUUUGCUUCUCAUGACACAAGACACGCCACUGUUUGAUGUUGCCUAGCUGGAUGCGCCACCAAUCUCAGUUCUCUCUCUAUAGUCCACAAAUUUGUUACGAGCCAAGUCAUAAAAGAAAAAGCAUCUGCUCUCAUCCUUCUUUCCCUUCAUAACAUCUUCAUGAGAAUGAUUCAUGUGUGCAUCCGUUGAAAAUUCAUGAGCCGGUCGAACAUAAUAUUCAUGCUGCCGUGUUGUUCGUUCAUUUAUAAUACCUGUGCAUGAUCAUGUACCAUCAAUACUACCCUAGUCCUUAGUAGUAAGAAUACCAUUGCUUUGCCAUUAAAAACUCAUCUAGCUGGUAUUGUGCCUCAUUGUGGUGCAGACAUCCGCUUUCCUCUUACGACGUCGUUUCGUGCUUCUGUUCUAUGAUAUCAUGACAUCGUUGAUCCUGUCAUGUCUUUUCAUUCUAGCCUGAAAAGAUGCCGUGAUACUCUGGUGGUCUCUUGGUGCGCUUGUCUUGUUUGCGGGUGCCGCCUCGUGAUUCGCGUUAUACGUAUGCUGCAGCUCGCUUUGUAUCUUUGCGGUUGUGGUCAUUGUGUUCUCCUCUCAUCUUUGCCAUCAUUUGACUCUUUGGUCUCUUGUGUUGGCCUCUUGCUGUCCUGUGUGCAGUACGCUGUAGUGAUGCUUGUCGCUGCAUCAUUUCUUGAUUUGUGUCCGGUCUGCAAUUUCGCCCGUAGCUCUGCCAAUACGAAUAAAACCUUGGUCCGUCAUAA